AUGCAGUCGCUUCACAGGACAGCAGUGACUGCCGCCCGGACGGGCCGAACCACUCUCUCGCGCCAGACGCGCCGCUAUGCUCACGACGAGCACGCCCACGGCCAUGCGGCCCCCGCAAACGAAUCCUUGGGCCGCGGAUUUUUCUGGUCGGUUGUCUGGAUCCCCGCCGGCUUGGGCCUGUAUGCCAUUUCCAAGAACUCGGACAGCGACCAACCCAUCCUCACCCGCAUCAUGAGCAAGUACGCCGAGGCCGAGGAGAAGCGCACAAAGAGGAACGACAUCCACACGCGCAUGAUUGAGCAGGCUGGCGAGGACCGUGUUUUGUUCAUGAACGCCAAGCCUCAGGAAUACGUGGACAUGAGGUUUCCUGAGAUCAUGAACAACGGCUCCCCUUACAACGUCCCCGCCGGCAGCCAAGUGCCGAUGACGUCCGUGAUCGAAAAGUACAAGAAGAUUGCGUACGAGGACAACGAGCGCAAGCUCGAGGCGCUCGCCAACGACGAGAUCAAGAGCGAGCAGCCCUUCAGCAAGAACCACCUGAGGAAGUCACCUUACACCGUCUGA